CGAGUCCCCGUCGCCGGGACUGAUUGACGCCUGGCCGACUGAAUGAUGGUUGACGGAUUGAUUGAUGGAUGAACCGGCCUGGCACCCGCACCGAUCGACGCGUCCUCAUCGUAUCUUUUCAUCGAUCUCCCCUCGCGCGCUAGCUCUCUGAUCAUCUGCUCCGAUCUUCAAUGUGUUCUUGGCCCUCGCACGGCGUCCCCACCCCCUGUGCUUCGGCCUCCCUUCCCCUUAUAACCAACCCCGGCAGCAGAUGCGGUGCCCGGCGUCUCGUCCCGUCCUCAGCCUCACCGUUCACAUCCAUCCACGGUGCACGGCGCGGCAGCAGCCGUCGUGGUCCGCCGUCCCUCGCCGUCGCAUUGCUCGCCGCCGCCGCCGCUGCUUUGCUCUCGUCCCUGUCGCCGUCCAUCCCCGCCCUACGAUGCAUCCCCACCCUUCGCACGCCUUCAGGUAGGUCCAGGCCGCGAUGGCAACACGUGGUGCGCCACGCGCACGCCUGGCCCGGCGCGUCCGGCUCGCUAACGCCUUGUUGCCUUGCCCCCCGCCGCCUCGUGUGCAGGGCGGAGCAGGGCGCGGGCGGAUACCACCACCACCACCGCGGCGUCGGGGACGGCGCCCUCCUCCCCGAGCUCCCGCGCAGCCCCAACCCCAGCUCCAAGUCCUCCAGCAACCUCACCGCCGCCACCCUCCUUGCGCCGCUCGCCGUCGCGCAUGGAGGGGUAGCGCCCUCGUUCGGCAUGGCGCCGCCGGGGAUGGCCUCGGCGGCGGAUGACGGCCGGUUCUGCCUGCCGUGGGCGGCGGCGCACUUCGAGAACUGGGGCGACUCCGGCGGCAUCGUCGUCACGAGCCCGCUCACCGAGACGACCUGCACCGACGCCGACGACGCCAGCGGCGACAGGCAGCCGGCGCAGAUGGGUGGUGGAGCCAUCACGCAGAGCGUCGCUGCUUACAUGGAUUCAUGCGCGGCGUCCAAGGAAGGAUCGUGCAGGGAUCAGAAGGUGCAGAGGAGGCUUGCGCAGAACCGCGAGGCUGCCCGGAAAAGCCGGAUGAGGAAGAAGGCGUACAUUGUGGAGCUGGAGAGCAGCCGGGCAAAGCUGGCGCAGCUUGAGCAGGAGCUUCAGCGGGCGAGGCAGCAGGGGAUGUUCAUCGCAAGCGGACGCACCGGCGACCAUGGAGGCUCCACUGGAGGCGCGUCAGCGGCGUUCGACCUGGAGUACGCGCGGUGGCUGGACGAGCACCAGCGGCACAUGACCGACCUCCGCGUGGCCCUGGGCGCGCAGCUCGGCGACGACGACCUGCGCGUGCUGGUGGACGGCGCGAUGCUGCACUACGAGCAGCUGUUCCGGCUCAAGGGCGCGGCGACCCGCGCCGACGUGUUCCACGUGCUGUCGGGGAUGUGGGUGAGCCCCGCGGAGCGCUUCUUCAUGUGGCUGGGCGGGUUCCGGUCGUCGGAGCUGCUCGCGGUGCUGGCGCGGCAGGUGGAGCCGCUGACGGAGCAGCAGCUGGUGGGCCUCUGCAGCCUGCGGCAGUCGUCGCAGCAGGCCGAGGACGCGCUAUCGCAGGGCAUUGAGGCCCUGCAGCAGGCGCUGGCGGACACGCUCGCGGCCGCCGGGGCGUCGGCGGCGGGGGCGGCGGCGGACGGCGUGACCAACUACAUGGGGCAGAUGGCCGUGGCCAUGGGCAAGCUCGCCACCGUGGAGAACUUCCUCCGGCAGGCGGACCUGCUCCGGCAGCAGACGCUGCAGCAGAUGCGGCGGAUCCUGACCACGCGGCAGGCCGCGCGCGCGCUGCUCGUCGUCAGCGACUACUUCUCCCGGCUCCGGGCGCUCAGCUCCCUGUGGCUCACGCGGCCGAGGGACUGACGGACGGACAGGCGCGUCGCCGCGGCAACACGCUGAGAUGGAGCCGGUUGUGAUCGUCUGGCCUGACUGGGAACUGGAAAUUGGAGGAUGCAGCGGGGGACGCCGGAGAGUAGUGUGAUGGUUGUCUUGGUGGUGGUGGUAACUUGGCACUUGGCAGAGGGACGUGCUUCGUUCUGAAGUCCGGCGGCCACUCGGCUAGUGUAGGGUGUAACAUUCUGAUGAGCUUUGUAGGAGAGACUUGUACUGCACUGCACUGUACAAACCUUGUUCGGUUCCGACUUCGUUCU